ACCCACACUCCACCAAUCCCAAAACAUAUUGGACGGGUCCAGCAGCCAGCUGAGACACUUGUUAAUGCUACAAAUGGCUACUGGACCAUUCUGGAAACAGUGCCCUACUCAAUUUCCAGUUCGACUGGAGCCCAAUCCCCCACCCAGACUCUCAGCACUGGCGCCGGGUUAAGCAAUGGCGGAGGAUCAAGACUUCUGUCGGGGGCCACUGUUGUAGUGGAGCUCCCGCCCGAUGACCUCGGCAAUCCAGUGGGCAACAUCCAGUACACGAUACCAGCACUUACAAAGAAUGCCACCACGAACACAAACACCACCAGCCUGCUCCACAAGCCCCAGGCAACCACUAUACAGAUAGUGAAGCAACAGCAGCAGUCACAGCGCCACCAGCUGACGAUCCAGCAGACGCAGGCCCGACAGGAGUACAUCAAGAUAGACACUUCUCGCCUGGAGGAUAAGAUGCUCCUGCGCGAUGUGAUGCAGUAUGGAGCCACUAGCAUAUCAAUGGCACCUUCCAGUAUGGCCAGCACUGCUGUGGUAUCCAGUCAUGAUUCUGGCCUUUUGUUAGCCGAUGCGGAUGACGCCGAGCGUGAACUGGAACUAGCUGCGAUGAAGGUGGAUUCACACGAGAGCAUGCUGGACGACGAGUACGGGGAGAAGAUGCACGGCGAUGAGGAGAGUCAUGUGCAUCACGAUAAGUUGUAUAUUAAUGGGCUGGGAAAUACCCUUCAUGCUGCCACAACCAUGACUCUUCAACAAGUUUCAAAUGAGUUUGGGUUGGACGACAGCAAGUUUGCCUGCAAUGUGUGCGGCAAGACCUACAAGAUCAAGGGCUCCUUGAAGCGGCACAAGAACUACGAGUGCGGGGUGGAGCCCGCCCUCAAAUGUCCGCACUGUCCGCACAAGUGUAAAUACAAGUCGGAUCUACGUAAGCAUAUGAACCAGAAGCAUUCUGAUUCCGUGGAGACGCUUCAUAUGGGAAAUUAGGUCUAUGGAACUGUACGGUUACAUGAAUUCUAGUCUGUUUAGCAUUUGUUGUUGUGUUACUGUGUGAAAUGUGUGAUGAAUCCAAAGAGUAAUUAAACCCUAAAUUCGUGUAGUCUGUAACAAGUUUGUAAUAUAGCCAAAGUUACGAUCUCAAAGUGUAAUCACAUACGUUUAAGCUAGUGGACUAAGUC